AUUGGUUGCCACGCUGUCAGCUGUCAACUGUCAGACAGCUUGAAUAUCGACUGGCAUAUGGGCUAAAUCUCAGGAUGCCUAAAUGUCAUAAAAAUAAGAUCGAUUCAUAUGUUACACUUAUGUUGAUUAAUUUAUUAUCAUCACUAUCAAGAUAAUUGUUAUUUUAUAUUAAUCUUUUACGUGUUUAAUAUUUUGCACAUAUGGGCACUUUUAUUUACAUGGGGAUUAGGUAUAUAAAUGCUGAAGUCUCUCUUUCUCUCUCUACCUACUAUAGAUAUGAGUGGAAGAAAAUGAAAAAAAUAGAUUAUGCGCGAAAGACUUCAAGUUGAGGUUUGAAGAACACGUAAAAAGAGGAGGUGGAGUGUUUGCAUCUUCGUCUCAGACGAAACAAAGUGCCCAAAAUCACUGAACUUGCAACAUAUACGAUCAAAUUACAUAUAAUUAGAGAGCAUAUUCAUUUUAUAAAUUUAGAAAAAUGGUUACAUCAUGUUGUUUAUGUUCAAAAGAGUGCAUCCCCUUUAAUCCACAACGGUCAUUUCACAGGUUAUAAAAAAAUAAUACCAACAGAUGAACAAAUGAGGAAUAAGUGGUUUAGUAUAAUUGGUCGUACUGUCUCUUACAAAGGAGCCAGAGUUUGCAGUGAUCAUUUCACAGAGAAUGAUUUUCAUGAAAUGAGCCUGUACUCAAGAAUCAGAAGAUUAAAAAGUACUGCAAUUCCUUCUGUUUAUAUCAAACAAAACAGAAAAGAUAAAAAGAAAAAAUCAUCUAUAUUACAAGAGACUAACAUGAAUGUUUCCGAAAUUGAAUCCCAAAAUGAUUCUGAAAUUGAAUCGCAAAAUGAAAAGGAUGCAAUUUAUGACAACACAAAAAAUUGUGAAGAAAAUAAUACAAGAAAUGAUGUCAAAAGCACAGAAAGUGAAAAUGUGGAACAAAAAUCAACGCCUGUUUUGAAUAUAACUGAAAAUUUAGUCAAUGCGUCUUUAGAUUCAGAAAGAAAAAUAAAUACUAUCUCUAUAAAUAAUACAUCUGAAAAUAAUAAAAAAAAUGUUGAUAAUAUUGUGAAUAAUAAUAGUAUAAGUGGAAAAAGGAAAUUAUCAUCGUCUAAUUUAGGAAAUUCUAAAAUUAGAAAGAUUUUUGUACAUAUGUCCAAAUAUAAUAUAGAAUGUUUUAGAAAAAUGGACUUUUCUUCGGAUAAAAAGUGGUCAGCAUUUUUAAGAUACGUUGCUUAUAACAGGCAUCAAAAUAAAAUUUUGGCACAAAAAAAUAGACGUUUGGAAAAGAAAAUGUACAUACUUCAGGAUAUGUUGGAGGAAUUAAUGUAACCUUAGUGAAAUAAAAAAAGUACUAAAAAAAGUUA